UAAUAUUCAAACAAUCUAGCCUCAGUGAGUCCAGUGCUACCAAUUACGUAGAAAGCCGGUCAUGUCAAAUUUCACUUGUUGUGAGGAAAGUUAUGGCUGCCGGUCGUUGGGUGAUCAAGAUUUUUUCGCUGUUGUAAACCAGAGGUUAGAUGGUUUCUACUUUUGAAUGUCAUUUCUGAUCGUAGUGUGUAGUUCAGGAUUUUCAAUUCUAUUGUUUGGUGACUUCAUUCAAACCAUCGAUUAUCAUUCACGGUAUGGCCAAAUCAACUCAACUCGUCUAAAAAUUGAUAAUCCUGGUUCAGAGAAGAUAAAAGAAAGUCCUAAAGACUUGGAAGGUUCAGAGCAAUGGAAAAGAAGAUUCGUGAGCCAUACGACCUUCGAUCGAGAGAGUGGAAAUUAAGCGACAAGCUACACACCGAUAUCAGAGAUCUCUCAUGUAAAGUGACGGUGAAAGUACCCGGCGCUCAAUCAGUUGCUCCUAUUGCUAACAAGUUGGUGGACUUUCAAAGGCAAAUCGUAGCGCAGGAAAGGGCUGUUAAAGGCGUGGACGAGAGAGAAGAGAAAGAAUUUCUUUGUUCACUAUGCGGAUGUUUUUACAUCGAGCCGGUUACGCUGAACUGUGGACAUACGUUAUGCAAGACAUGUAUUAUUCCAGUCGGCGAAAUUUCUGUGUCAGCUGUCUACUGUAAACUGUGCGGCUCUAAAAAUUAUGAAAAUAAUCUAUCGAUAAAUGUCCUAGUCUCACAAUUGAUUCAAAAAUGGUUCCCCGACGAGUAUGAACGAGAAGUGAAGCAGUUAGUGGAAAUCGUUCGGCGUGAACCACAGGGUAACCAGCAAAAAAUCGUUGAAAGAGUGUCGGACGUCCUAAACAAGUCUCCAAAACAGGUGACGGCUUUAAAAUUGCGAAGCCAUGCCUUCUUACAGAUGGGGCUAUACAAAAAGGCCCUGGAAGAUGUCGACCUUGCUUGUGAUUUACGACCCUUUCUUUCGAGCGUUUUUCAUCAGAGGGGAGUGGUGUUGAUGAAAGUGGGAGACUACCACGCUGCUUCAAGUAGUUUUUCGCGCGCCUUAGCACUAGAUCCUAUGGUAGACCCGCGGUUUCGGUCAGAAUUGCUCACCUGUCUGACUCAUACGCUGGAUUCUGAACGAGCUGACCCACGCAGAAAGCUUUUACCUGAUGACCAUUUGGGAGAUUUAACCCGAAACAGUGCAUGUCAGAGCCCUCACACAGACAAGACAAAUGAUCACUCUCUUAAACACAGUUUUCUUCAAAAAGGAUCUUCCUUAAAGCGUCCUAUUGAAGACACUUCUGAUAGUUGUUCCCUCUGCUCUCGAGAAUGGAGAUCCAAGUAUUUCAAAUCUUCGACAGAGCUCAUUUCGAAUUCUACUAAACUUUGUGAGGCUAAUGCCGUGAGGGAGCUUGAAGAUCUGGAAUGCAAAGUCUGUUAUAACAUUCUGUAUGAACCAGUCACUACAACCUGUGGACACACCUUCUGCAGAACAUGCUUACAAAGAGGGCUCGAUUACAGAUCAGAAUGCCCAUGCUGUCGUCGUGCCCUCAACUGCGGAGUUGAAAGGAACACUAAAGUUAAUGUGAUCAUUAAAGAGACCGUGAAGAAAUUCUUUGCUGACGAAUACGCUGAAAGAGAGAAGAGCUUCAUAGAAGAAAAGUCACGUUGGAAGGGGUGAGUUUUUUUUUUUUUUUUUUCAAAUAAAGCAGCCUUACACCUCCUCUGCUCUUAGCUAAAUUUGUUCGCUUUCACUUCGCGCCCUACCCUCGGCUGGAGCUCUCACGCUUCUCGCCUAGAGGGCUCGAUUAUCGCAUUUCUCACGCUUCGCGCGUUUCUUAGGAGAAACAGAAAGGCCUGUUACAAAGAAUAGCCCGGAAACUGUUUCUUGAAAUAUGUGGGUUACCUCGGAUUGUCAUAAAAAUGUGUCUUGAUUCUCCCUAAGUCAUAAAUUUUAUUUGUUUCAUGAUUCUGUCAGGAAGUGCUUAGUGACAGUGGAAAGUGAAAGCAAAAUUCUCGUGAAUUAUGUAACAUUUUUAACUUCCUCACCCGGCUUUUCUACCAUGAUUUUAAAAACACGUGUUUCAAAACGUGGGAAAAUUACUAUUGCUAUGGCACGUUUGAUUUUGGACGUGGAACCUCGAUGAAAAAUACCACUUUAUGUAGUGUACUGUGAAAUGAUGUACAAGAACCAUGCAUGACGAGGCCAAACAACAGCUUUGAAGGAGACUGUGCCUUCUCUAACUAUCGCUCAUGGUGUAGAUGUUUCGUGAUGUUUGAGCUUAAUUCGAGACAUUUGAUUUUGUUUGUAUUACAAAAUAAUCAAACUAGAGGAGGAAAGCUUGACUUAACGUAAGUUUCUUUGGAAGUUUUGUCUGAGAUUUAAUCGAAGUAGUUUCAACGUGAUCCGUGAAGUGUUAACUGCUCCCUGAUCAGCCUGGCUUCAGCUGAAUUUAACGAAACUACUGAUCUUCCGUUUUUAAAGAUAAACGUUCAGAGUUUUAGGCUAAUGUACAUGUGGCCUUCGGAAUAUUAAGAUAUUAAAUCGACGUAAAAAGUUUCAAAAUGAAUACUCUGUGUGGAAAUAAAGCUUUAGGCAGAAGCGCUUUCAGUAGUUAUCCUCGAAGUUAGAUGUUAACAUCUGCGAGUUUUAUGCUUACUGGCGAUGAAAUUUGUUAAAACCCGUAUCACACUGAGAAAUAUCUAUCGCAGAUGACACUACAUGGCAGGACGCACGCAAAGUCAAUACAGUGUUUUAUAAUCAGCCGCGGCAUAUUCAUUCAAUUUAUUACCAUCCUUUUCAAAAGCAGCAAUUGCAUUGCAAUCAAACUGCCAGAGAACUCUUUAUAAUCUUCCGUGUAAAAUAUAUUGAACUCUUUGUUUAGUGAUAGAAGUAUCCUAUUGUGUGAAAUCCUUGGCAGGAGCUUAUAUUUAACAAAAGAACGGAAACAUAAUUGUGCCGGCAAUACGAAUCCUCAAAUUGGUUAUGUAAUAUGUUCAAGGCUUCCGUAAGGUUAUGUAAUUUUCUAGUAAUCGAAAGCUAUUUCAAAAAUUACACCACAAUCUACAACGUUUACGUGAGAAAGGCAAGAUAUAUAGUAAUACAUAGCCCUUACUAGUGAGAAGAAUAAACGCUCUCACUGGAACCCAAUUAAGAUGCACAAAUUUAGUAGUGAUCAUGUUCGUUGUGGUGUGUCUUACUCUCAAAGCGAUUUCUUUUGUCUCCAUAAUUAAGGGAGAGUCUUAAACUUUUGAAUCGCAAAUAGUUCUGUAUUUUCUCGUGUUGUUAGAGACAAGGUAUCUCAGAGACGUUAAAUGAUGUGUAAAUUGAGUCGGAGGAUUUUUUUGGGAUGCUUUUCUGGCGUCUUUUUAAUAUUGAAAUCACUUUCAAUCGUUGACUUUUCAUCCUUUCCCUGCACUAAAACCCAACGGUCGACAGUGUUUCAACGAUAGGACGUCUUUUAAAUCUCCACAGACGAGCGACAUGUAAGUUAUUACACACAAGCUAGUCAACUUUAUUCAGUUAGUCCGACUGUGUAUUCGUGAGAGUGUUGUGUCGCAUUAGAUACCAUUCAGUGCCUCAUCAAGAACCAUCCUCGACUAGUUUAGAGACCAUAAUUUGUGUCAAAAUCUGUUUUAAACGGGCCGGAUCAUUGAUUUUGCGUUUUUAAAAAAAAUUGGCCUUUCUUUUUCAAGAUUGGCGUCUGCAAUCCGUGUCAAUGUUAUUUUAAGGUGGCAAGUUUCUAAAGAAACUGGUUCUGCUUCGCUAGGUGCUAUAACAAUUAAAUUUAGUUUUAUCAAUUGAGUUGAUCAUGUGAAUGGGCUACCCUAAAGAGUUUCUUAAACGGACGUUUCGAGUGUUACCCCUUCGUCUUUCGCUCUGACGAAAGGUCUGUAUUAGAGUCUCACCAGGAUGGCCAAUUUACAUUAAAUCAUUGGCAACGUUGUUGAAAAAAUCAAAUUAUUUUUUUAAAUUCCAACCCUUCCCCCCUUGCUCCUUUCAGGCUUAGCCUCUCCUGUGUUCCAGUUAAACUUCUACUGAAAGGUUUCCCAAAUUAAUGUCAAACUCAGCGCUUCUCAACUAUUUGAAAAUAUUUGCUCGACGUUGUCUUAUGAGGUCUUCGUGCAUAAACUCCCAGUGAAGCCAAUCGAGAGAAGCUGUAAGCUAGCUUUGCUUGGAUCUCCAUCCCUCUCGAACGAGUUAAAUUUCAUUAGUGAUGUUAUGUUUGAAUCUCGUUACAGAGUUGGUGUUAACGAAGAUAUAGAACUGCCUAUAUUUGUAUGUCUGUUGGCUUUUCCAAGUCUUAAAUACCCGCUCUAUAUCUUUGAACCGCGAUACCAGCUUAUGAUCCGUCGAUGCGUGGAGCUAGGUUCCCGGAUGUUCGGAAUGUGUGCUUUUUCUGAGGACCCAGACAAGGAAUUUUCUGAUUACGGAACUAUUUUGCGCAUUGAAAAUGUCAGUUUUCUGCCUGAUGGCCGCUCCAUCGUUGAAACUACGGCGGUGCGAAGAUUUCGUGUUGUCUCCCGAUCAACGACCGACGGUUAUAACACAGCGAAAAUAAAAUGGCUCGAAGACGAAAUUCCCAAAUCAUAUUCUGAAGAUCCAGACCUCCAGACGAUGAACGUCGACUGCUAUAGAACUUUAGAACUUUGGUUUACUCUUAUGACACCGUUACAACAGACAUGCGUAACAAACGCAAUAGGCUCCAUGCCAGCCAUUGAGGAACUAGUACCCAGCUCUAACGGUCCAUCCUGGCUGUGGUGGGGAUUGGCGGCUGUCCCACUGAAAGAUAAAGCUAAACUUAUCAUUCUGUCGAUGACGUCACUGGCUGAGCGGCUUCAAAGUCUUCGCCGCUUUUUAGAACUCUUGAUCGGGGUGAGAUUCGAGAAUUAGCGCCUGUGGAAUAUUGAGAACUUUUGAACUUUGCAUCUUUAAGUAGAUUGAUCUAAGUUAGGAUUCAAAUGGAGUAAAGUAGUUAUGAAAGUUUGAAAAAUACCCCACAGAAAUUCGGUCAGCUUUCAAGUAUAAACUACUUGGAAGCCAGUGAGAACAUUUUCACCAGUAAAAACGAAAAUAGAAAACUUCUAAGCCCCGCGAAGUUAAGUUAUCUCAAGCAUCCCUUUCUGGAGUUCAUUACUUUUUUACUUUUUACGCUUAAAACCCUUGAAGGACUAUAACAGAGAGUCCAUGGGAACCUGAGACAGCCCUCCCUUUCUUUUUUCCCCCCCCCCACCCCCGCUCCUUGAGAGUUACUUUGACUGACCUAACUUUCCAAAUAUUUCUUCAAGACAAUUCAAACAAUUCUGAAAAAGGGGAGGACUAGUUUUUUCGGUAGGUAGGGUAACCCUGUGAGUCAGGACACCUUUUUCUCAUAUAAAUGCUUCGGCUCGCCUUCCCAAGACGAGACGGUUCGAAUUAGUUUUGUAACCUGGCAAGCUGUCAUGAGAGAGACUGUUUAGGGGACGGCUGCUACAACUCAUAACGUUUUGUAAACUGUCCAUAAAGUUGUCUCGAUGAGGAGGGUUGUCUCAGCCACCUGAGACGAUAUAACAGGGUUAACUGAGAGGUAACCCAAAUCUUGUUAGGUGAUCUAAAAUUUGUGAUGUAUUUGUCUCUUACUUACUCUGUGAGAAUUCAGUGAUCAGUUUAUUUCCUUUAAGAAAAAUUUUCAUCAGAGUUAACUUCAGGGAAGAGAAUCCUUAAGUGUGGAUGGAUAUUUUAUAAUUUAUUUAUUUAUUUAUGAAUUUGCCCUAGCAGAUCAUAAGAGUUUACGAAUUUUUUCUUCACUUAAAUUUCAAGAGCGAAAUCGGUUCGUUGUUGCGCCUUGUUACUGCAUGACAUCGCUUUUGGUAUUCAGCCAAUUAGACGCAAAAGUAAGCGGACCCUUUACAUGCUGGUCAUACGAAUGGAUAGCUGCGUCAAAUUUUGCUUUGAAAUUUUAUUGUUAGUUUGUUGUGACUAGGAAUUCUGAUAACAGUGGUUUGAAUUGCAGACACUCCAUUUAAAUCUACUGUGUCAGAAAUUUUAGUCACCAAGUUUUGCAUGUUAGAUUGUAUUUAUAUUGACUGAAAAUUAGCAGAAAAUAAAAGGCAGAU